UGUGUGGUCCACGUUACGCGGGAAAGCGCGGAAUGUGGGUUCUUCUGCGCGGGGGUCACCCCCUCCGCGUCCUGCUGCCCCUCCGUGGGGAGUGGAAGGGGCGGAGGGGCCUGCCCAGAAGUCUGGGCCCCGCCCCCCCGCGCCGCCGGUAUCGGAAGGAGGCCCUCCCGGCUCUGGAUGGUCCCGCGCUGCCCAUCACGACCACUGAGAUCCGCCAGUACUUGAAGGCACACGGCAUCCCCUUCCAGGACGGCCACAGCUGCCUGCGGGCACCCAGCCCCUUUGUGGGGGACUCACAGCUCAAGGAUCAGAUUGCAGCUCCUGCUUCCUCCAGCCUCUUCAUCGACAAGACCACAGGCCGUUUUCUCUGCAUGAUCAGCCUCGCCGAAGGGAGCUGGGAGGACUUCCAAGCCAGUGUGGAGGGUCGUGGGGAUGGGGCCAGAGAAGGGCUCUUGCCUGGCGAAUCCACUGCUGCUGAGGACAGUGAUGAAGUCCUAAGGAUCUGGGAGCGUGCCGUACCCCUUUGGGAGCUGCCCGAGAAGGAGGAAGCCCAGUUGGCUCGGGUGAUGUUUGGCCUCAGCAAAGUGACAGAUGACACGCUCAGGCGCUUCAGUGUGCGCUAUCUGCGGUCGGCCCGCAGCCUUGUCUUCCCUUGGUUCUCCCCAGGAAGUUUGAGGUUACGGGGCCUGAAGCUCCUGGGGGCUGAAAGCCAGGGGGAAGAUGUACGCUACGUGGAAACCACCAUUCCCCGGCCUGGUGCCUACUGCAAUCUCUUUGGGCUACCACUGAUUGGUCGUCGAGAUGUGGAGUUGGUUCUGACCAGUCGUGAACUGGACAGUCUGGCCUUGAGUCAGUCCACAGGCCUGCCUACUCUGGCUCUCCCCCGAGGGACAGCCUGCUUGCCCCCUGCCCUGCUCCCUUAUCUCGAACAGUUUCGAAGGAUUGUGCUCUGGCUGGGGGAUGACCUUCGGUCCUGGGAAGCUGCCAAAUUGUUUGCCCGAAAACUAAACCCCAAGCGAUGCUCAUUGGUGCGCCCUGGAGACCAGCAGCCUCGUCCCCUGGAGGCCCUGAACCUAGGCUUAAAUCUGACUCGCAUUCUGCGCUCGGCCCUGCCUGCCUGGCACAAGUCAAUCAUAUCUUUCCGCCAGCUUCGGGAAGAGGUGCUAGGAGAACUGUCCAAUGUGGAGCAGGUAGCGGGUAUCCGUUGGAGUCGCUUCCCAGACCUUAACCGUCUCCUGAAGGGACAUCGAAAGGGCGAGCUGACAGUCUUCACAGGGCCAACAGGCAGUGGAAAGACCACAUUCAUCAGUGAGUAUGCCCUGGAUUUGUGUACCCAGGGGGUGAACACGCUGUGGGGGAGCUUUGAGAUCAGCAACGUGAGACUAGCUCGGGUCAUGCUGACCCAGUUUGCUGUGCAGCGACUAGAAGAGCAGCUGGACAAAUAUGAUGAGUGGGCUGACCGUUUUGAGGACCUGCCCCUGUAUUUCAUGACUUUUCACGGACAGCAGAGCAUCAGGACAGUAAUAGACACAAUGCAGCAUGCAGUCUACGUCUAUGACAUUUGUCAUGUGGUCAUUGAUAAUCUCCAGUUCAUGAUGGGUCAUGAGCAGCUGUCUUCAGACAGGAUUGCAGCUCAAGAUUACAUUGUGGGGGCUUUUCGGAAAUUUGCAACAGACAGUAACUGCCACGUGACCCUGGUCAUUCAUCCCCGGAAGGAGGAUGAUGAUAAGGAACUGCAGACAGCAUCCAUAUUUGGUUCAGCCAAAGCAAGCCAGGAAGCCGACAAUGUUCUGAUCCUGCAGGACAGGAAGCUGGUAACUGGGCCAGGAAAACGCUAUCUGCAGGUGUCCAAGAACCGCUUUGAUGGAGUUGUAGGUGUCUUUCCACUUGAGUUCAACAAGAAUUCUCUCACCUUCUCUAUACCGCCAAAGAGCAAAGCCCGACUCAAGAAGGUCAAAGAUGACAAUGGGCUAGUGACCAAAAAGCCCUCUUCUGGCAAAAAGGGUGCCAUGGCUCAGAACUCUGAGGCUGCUUCAGGCCAGGCUCCAACCCCUACUAGCUAGAUUCUGCCAUCCCUUCACAGUAAAGGCAGUACAGAGCUGGAUACUGAUAUAAGCCUGGCAGUUUAGGCUGGGGCCUGGCCUUUCUUUUGUCUCUCUAAUUCAGACACCUCUGCCAUGUAGCUAGGGUCCAGCCUAGGGCAAUAUCCACAGGGUGAGAAUUCUGUACAGUGUUCCAGGCAUUGUUCUAAAUCCUGGGAUUAGUGUUGCAAGACAAAUGAAGAUCUGAUUCCUUAAAACCUGCAGUCUUUGGUUCCAUGUUCAUUUGUCCAGGCAAUGAACAAAUUAAAAGUUUUAGAGAGUAAAGAAUACAGGAAACCAGAAAUGCAACCUUUUUAUUUUAA